GUAAAAUUCGAAAAAUGAGGGGAGUGAUAGAGAGAGAGAGAGAGAGAGAGAGAGAGAGGCCAUGGCAAACCUCUCAAGCCUAGUUCACGAGCUUCGCGAACGCAUAGCAGCUUCAUCAUCAACACCUCCCAACAUCGGAGACGAUGACGCUCUCGAGAUCAGAUUUCGCGCUGUUCUUCCCAAUCUCCUUCACGCCUAUGUCGUCCCCUCUUCUUCAGCCAAUGAGAGAGAGGUCAUCGUGGUAUUGAAGCUAUUGACUCACACAGCAAAGAAUUUUCCCGGAGUUUUCUUUCAUGGUAGGGCUACCGCAGUCCUACCUCUUAUUGGUCGCAUACUGCCAUUCUUCGCCGAGCCCGCAUUUCGCUCUCGGCAUGGAGUGAUUUUUGAAACAGUUGGAUCCCUUUUAUCCUUGCUCCGUACAGGAGAUCGAGAUGCAUACCGUCAGCUUUUUAUAGACACCAUGCUGAUGGUUGAAGAUCUUCUUUAUAUAGCAUCUCUCUGUGCCAACGAGUCAAGCAUUACAGUAUCACGCAAAGUGUCUUUGAAGUGCUUCUGUGAGUCGUUUAAUGGUAUUUCCAGUGAUCCUGCUCUUCUCAGUGAUCUUCCUCCUUGCAGCAAAGCUGCUGAUGGUCUUGGUGUUUUGAUUAACCUCACUGGCAAACAAAGGUGGCAGCCUUUUGCCACUUGGGUCAUUAGGCUUAUUUCUAAAUGCCUAACUGAGGGAACUCUAUAUGUUGAAGGACUUAUCAAUGUGUCAUUUGUUUCGGCUGCAUGUACUUUGUUAUGCUAUGGGGAAGCUGAUCUGCAUAUGGCAUGUUUUGACUUUGCACGCAUCAUUGGAACAGUUGUGGAUUAUGAAAUUGUUCCCAGCGAGAAAUUAAUUCAGCUGAUAUCAACUAUAUUAAGUGAAGAUGUGGAGGGGCUUCCAGUGUUCAGAAACACUGUCUAUGAUUCUUCCAUGGGUAGUUGCCUUCAUGUACUGCACUCUAGUUGUAGUGAUGAUGAUGUCAGGUUGACUGCUGCAAAUUUAGUCACUAUUUUUCCAGAGUCAAUGCGAAGAACAAGAAGUCCAGAGCUUAAGGCUGCUUUAUGCAAUGCAUACAUUCGAAUUGUUAAAAGUUGCCCCCCUCACAUUUGGAGGCCAGAAUCUCUCAUCUGCUUGCUUUGUUCCUCAAAUGCCUGUUUUGCAUUGAUUGAUUGCUUACGAAUAGUUCUAUCUACGAUCAGUCUUGAUAUUGUUGAAGAAGCAUCAACUGAUGAUGGUAAUAUGCAUUUAUCAACCCCAAAUCACAGUGGAUAUGAGAGCUUAAGAGUUGGAGGGAAAAGACCUGUUCAGGACUUCAACACAUCCAAGCCAAAGCGUCAGAAGCUAAAUCAAGAAGUUAUUACUUCAGAUGCUAAUUCUCAGGAUGCAAACAAGAUUGCUAGUGAAUUUAAUUGUAAUAUGCACAAUUUACUUCUUUCAUUUGUUGAAUGUCUAAAUCCUCCAGGUGGAAAAGCAAAUUCAUUAAGCCCGGAAGUUGCCUUAACAGCUCUUAGCACUCUUAGCAUCGUUUUCUGUAUAUACCCACGGACAGAACUUUCAAGUUGCAUUUUUGGGAAGAUGCGUGAGUGGAUCCCUUGGAUAUAUGAGCAGGCCAAACAGUUUAGUUCACUUCCACUUGAUUUAAUCAUCUUUUUGGAAGCGGUUCACAGUAUCUUGCUUGUGGAAAGUUCCCUUCCUGAGGAGAAUAGGCUUUUAAGAAAUAUGGGUGAUGGUGCAGAUCAUUGGCUAUUACUGCUAAAGCUUCCAUGGACUCGUACUCUUGUUAUUGCAGAACCUAAUCCUCCAUGGAAGACAAAAUGUCUCUCUGUCCAAGUUCUGUCCAAGAUGGGAUGCAUAUUGAAAAGUGAAAGUGAUUUCGAAGUUCUGGAUUUGGGUCUUCAAGAUGAAGCGGAAGAAGUUAGAACUGAAUCUGUCAUUUCAAUGCCAGUAAUUGUUUUGUGGUCUGGUUUUGCUAUACUGACACAUUUGUUCAAAAGGCUGCAAUUCUUGGAGGAAGAGAAGAAUGAACAAGUCAAGAAAAUCAUUCCUCUUUCUCUUGGUUAUUUGGCAUGCAUUUAUGGAUCUUGUAAUGGUGUUGAUAGUCUUUGUGAAAGUGAUUGCAAAUUAUUCCUGGCGAAGGAGAAUGUUAAACACAAUUCAGCAGUAGAUCAUCUACUGCGUGGAUUCUGGUGUUCAAUGUGUGACAGAAGAGUUGUACACAAUCAUGAGUUAUAUUCGAGGGUUGUGCAUCUACCUGACAUUCAAAGCAUAGAAUUUGGUUUCGAUGCUGAUUUUGUCAAUCUACAAUCUCUCUUCUUCAAGCUUCUUUAUGAUGAGUCGUCGGAAGAGGUUCAAGUUGCUUGUGUAGGAAUAAUUCAGCGAAUCAUUGCACAUGGAACCAAGGAUAUUCUGCUUAAAACAAGAUCUGAAUGGAUUAAAUGUGUUGAAUACCUACUCCUCCACAGAAAAAGGGCUUUGAGAGAAGCAUUCAGCAGACAGAUUGGCUUCUUUAUUCAGCAGCCCAUCUUAAAUUGUUUGCUUUUAGAUGAGGAGGAAUCAAACAAAACAAAAGAACAGAAAUUCUUGGACAAGAUAAAACAUGCUUUGGCAGCAGCUGAUGAUCCGCAGAUAUUUGAGACUCUUCUGGAAUCCACAGCAGAGAUUAUGAUUUCAGUUGAUAUUGACAGUCAACUUUUCUUAUUCUCGCUUAUUUUAUUGGUUGAUCAGCUUGAUAAUCCACAUUUGACAGUGAGGUUGACAGCAUCAAAGCUAAUACGUCGAUCUUGCUUCUUCCAUCUUAAAGGAGGAUUUGAGCUAAUCCUAUCAAAAGUUAUUAGUGUUCGGAAUGAAUUAUAUGAUUAUCUGUCUGUGAUGCUUUCAAGUCGUCCAAAAAUGGCCGGAGAGUUUGCAGAGGCCGUUCUCAGUAUUGAAACUGAAGAACUUGUCAAGAAAAUGGUUCCUGUUGUCCUUCCAAAGCUCGUGGUCACUCAGCAAGAUAAUGAUCAAGCUGUUGUUAUCUUAUACGAGUUAGCCAAGUGCUUAAACACGGAUAUGGUGCAACUGAUUGUUACUUGGCUACCAAAAGUGCUUGCUUUUGCUCUUCAUCGAGCUGACAGUGGAGAGUUGCUCUCUGUUUUGCAGUUUUACCAUGUGCAGACCGGGUCUGACAACCAAGAAAUAUUUGCAGCCGCAUUACCUGCACUUCUGGAUGAACUUGUGUGCUUUAUAGAUGGUGAUUUGGAUGAGACAAACAAAAGGUUAGCUAGGGUGCCUCAGAUGAUAAGUGAAGUUGCAAGAAUUCUGACUGGUACUGAAGAUCUUCCUGGAUUUUUGAAGAAUCAUUUUGUUGGUCUUCUCAACAGUAUGGAUAGAAAAAUGCUUCAUUCAGAGGAUCUGUCACUGCAGAAACAAGCCAUGAAACGUAUAGAGAUGCUGAUUAAUAUGAUGGGUUCACACCUUAGCACUUAUGUACCUAAACUUAUGGUUCUUCUCAUGUAUGCUAUAGAUAAGGAGUCACUGCAGGCUGAGGGUCUCUGUGUCUUGCAUUUUUUUAUAAAGCAGUUGGCAAAAGUGUCGCCUUCUAGUACUAAACAUGUAAUAUCUCAAGUUUUUGCUGCUCUUAUUCCUUUGUUGGAGCGAGAUAAAGAACAUUCUUCUUCAAAUUUCAGUAAAAUUGUGGAAAUAUUGGAAGAACUUGUUUUUGAGAACAGGGGUAUUCUAAAGCAGCAUAUCUGUGAGUUUCCUCCUUUGCCCAGUAUUCCUGCUCUAGCAGAAGUGAACAAGGUGAUAUGUGAAGCACGUGGGCCGAUGACUUUGAAAGACCAACUGCGAGAUAUUGUUGAUGGGUUAAAUCAUGAGAAUUUGAAUGUUAGGUAUAUGGUGGCUUGUGAGCUGAGCAAACUGCUGAAUGUGAGAAGGGAGGAUGUCACUUCUUUUGUCACUGGGGAAGUAGGUUCAGAUAUGGAUGCCUUGAGUUCUUUGAUUACUUCCUUGCUUAUAGGCUGUGCAGAAGAAUCAAGGACUUUGGUUGGACAGCGGCUGAAGUUGGUAUGUGCUGAUUGCCUUGGAGCACUUGGUGCAGUUGAUCCUGCCAAAGUAAAGGGUUUUUCAAGCCAGCGCUUUAAAAUUGCUUGUUCUGAUGAUGAUUUAAUCUUUGAGUUGAUCCACAAGCAUCUGGCCAGGGCUUUUAGAGCUUCACCUGACACCAUUAUCCAAGACUCAGCUGCAUUGGCUAUACAGGAGCUGCUGAAGAUUGCAGGUUGUGAGGCUUCACUUGAUGAAAAUGUUACAGCUUCUGCGUCACAGACACUAAAAUGUAAACCUCCUUUUGGUGUCCCUCCAUCUGGUAUCAAGAGCACAGCUGAUUCCUGUGGAAUGAAUGGGAGGGGUCAGAGAUUGUGGGACCGUUUCUCUAAUUAUGUCAAAGAGAUAAUUGCCCCUUGUUUAACCUCACGAUUUCAGCUUCCAAAUGUGGCUGAUUCUGCAUCUGCCGGUCCUAUUUACAGGCCUUCGAUGUCAUUUAGAAGAUGGAUAUUUUUCUGGAUAAAAAAAUUGACUGUGCAUGCAACUGGUUCUCGUGCAAGUAUUUUCAACUCUUGCCGAGGUAUAGUGCGUCAUGAUAUGCAAACAGCAAUAUAUCUGCUACCUUAUUUGGUCCUUGAUGCUGUCUGCCAUGGUACUGAGGAGGCACGCUGUGGCAUAACAGAAGAGAUCCUAUCUGUUCUUGAUGCUGCAGUAUCCGAGAACAAUGUGGCUGCAAUUCAUGGAAUCAGUUCCAGACAAAGUGAAGUUUGCAUUCAGGCUGUGUUCACUCUUCUUGAUAAUCUUGGCCAAUGGGUGGAUGAUGUUGAACAAGAAAUUGCUCUUUCUCAGUCUCUUCAGUCAUCAAAUUCUAAGCAACAAGCGUCCAAGUUAAAAGAGAAGAGCACUAAUUCUUCAACGGAUUCAGACCAAUUCCUUAUGCAGUGUAAAUAUGUUUCAGAGCUUUUGGCUGCAAUUCCUAAGGUAACCCUUGCUAGGGCUUCCUUCAGGUGUCAGGCUUAUGCUAGGUCCUUCUUGUACUUUGAGUCUCACGUUCGGGAAAAGUCAGGAUCUUUCAACCCUGCUGCUGAGAGAAGUGGCAUCUUUGAGGAUGAAGAUGUCUCAUUUCUGAUGGAAAUAUACAGCAGCUUGGAUGAGCCUGAUGGUUUAUCUGGUUUGGCAUGUUUACGUAAAUCUAAAAGCUUACAAGACCAACUCUUAAUAAACAAGAAAGCAGGAAACUGGGCAGAAGUUUUGACUUCUUGUGAACAAGCUCUGCAGAUGGAACCCACUUCAGUUCAGAGGCAUUCAGAUGUCCUUAACUGUUUGCUAAACAUGUGCCAUUUGCAGGCGAUGGUUACUCAUGUCGAUGGAUUAAUUUCUAGGGUUUCUCAGUACAAGAAAACAUGGUGUAUGCAAGGUGUUCAGGCUGCAUGGAGGCUUGGCAGGUGGGAGCUGAUGGAUGAGUACCUUAAUGGGGCUGAUGAAGAAGGUUUACUAUGUAGCAGUUCGGAGAGUAAUGCCUCCUUUGACAUGGAUGUUGCAAAGAUUCUCCAAGCAAUGAUGAAAAAAGAUCAAUUCUCAGUUGCUGAAAGAAUUGCACUCUCAAAACAAGCUCUGAUUGCUCCUUUGGCUGCUGCAGGCAUGGAUUCCUAUAUCCGGGCUUACCCGUUUGUUGUAAAGCUUCACAUGCUAAGGGAACUAGAAGACUUCCACACUCUCCUUGUUGGUGAGUCUUUCUUGGAGAAGUCAUUCCAUCCAGGUGAAUCUGGAUUCUCAAAAGUAGUGGAAAACUGGGAAAAUCGGCUCAGAUUUACACAACCAUCUCUCUGGAUGAGGGAGCCACUCUUGGCUUUUCGGAGACUGGUUUUUGGUGCCAGUGGUCUUGGUGCUCAAGUUGGGAACUGCUGGCUGCAAUAUGCAAAACUCUGUCGAUCAGCUGGUCAUUAUGAGACAGCUAAUCGAGCAAUUUUAGAAGCAAAGGCUUCAGGUGCACCUAAUGUUCACAUGGAAAAGGCUAAGCUUCUGUGGAGCACUAGGAGAUCUGAUGGUGCCAUUGCAGAACUGCAACAAAAUCUCCUGAACAUGCCAGUGGAGGUUAUUGGCUCUGCUGCAAUGUCAUCCAUCACGAGCCUUUCAUUGGUUCCACUGAACCAACCACCUUUACCUUCUGAUACUCAAGAUCUGAAUGAGAAUCUGGAUAUUGCCAAAACCCUCCUCCUGUACUCAAGGUGGAUCCAUUAUACUGGCCAGAAGCAGAAGGAAGAUGUUAUCGGUCUUUAUUCUAGGGUGAGGGAACUUCAGCCCAAGUGGGAGAAAGGAUACUUUUAUAUGGCUAAGUAUUGUGAUGAACUGCUUGUUGAUGCCAGAAAACGGCAGGAGGAGAAUUUUGACCUUGGUCCAAGGAUGAUUCCAUCUGUUUCCAUGACCGUUGUUUCUAUGAAUUUAAAUUCUGAAAAGCGUUGGUGGUCUUACAUUCCUGAUGUAUUGUUAUUCUAUGCAAAGGGUCUUCACAGGGGCCACAAGAAUCUCUUUCAAGCCCUUCCAAGGUUGUUAACCCUUUGGUUUGACUUUGGGAGCAUUUAUCAAAGAAGUGGUUCAUCAUCCAAUAAAGAUAUGAAAAAUGUUCAUCUGAAGGUAGUAAGCAUCAUGCGAGGGUGUUUAAAGGAUCUGCCUACACAUCAGUGGUUAACAGUUCUUCCUCAAUUAGUUUCUAGAAUUUGCCACCAAAAUGAAGAAAUUGUCCGGCUGGUCAAACACAUCAUCACUUCCGUUCUCCGGCAAUACCCACAGCAAGCCCUUUGGAUUAUGGCAGCAGUUUCAAAAUCCACAGUACCUUCAAGGAGGGAGGCUGCUGCGGAGAUAAUACAAUCUGCACGAAAAGGGUCAAGUCAGGGAAACGGUGGCAACAAUUUGUUUGUUCAAUUUGCAACCCUGAUUGACCAUCUAAUCAGGUUGUGCUUCCAUGCGGGCCAGUCAAAGGCAAGGACGAUCAAUAUCUUAACUGAAUUCAGUGCAUUGAAGAGGAUGAUGCCGCUCGGUAUCAUAAUGCCCAUCCAACAGUCCCUCACAGUUAAUCUACCCACAUAUGAUACAAAUCUGACUGACUCGCUUAGAUCUGAUAUCUUCUCUGCCUCAGAGCUUCCUACAAUAUCAGGUAUCGCAGAUGAAGCGGAGAUCCUUUCAUCUCUUCAGCGACCCAAGAAGGUUUUUCUUUUGGGCAGUGAUGGUAUUGAACGUCCAUUCCUUUGCAAACCCAAAGAUGACCUCAGAAAAGAUGCGCGCAUGAUGGAAUUUAAUGCUAUGAUAAACCGUUUAUUAUCCAAGUGCCCAGAAAGUCGCAGGAGGAAGCUUUACAUUCGUACCUUUGCAGUGAUUCCACUAACAGAGGACUGUGGUAUGGUAGAAUGGGUGCCACACACUCGUGGGCUCCGACACAUACUUCAAGACAUUUAUAUAAGUAGUGGGAAAUUUGACAGGCAGAAGACAAAUCCUCAAAUUAAGCGAAUUUAUGAUCAAUGCCAAGGGAAAAUGCCAGAAGAUGAGAUGCUGAAGAACAAAAUUCUGCCAAUGUUUCCUCCAGCUUUCCACAAAUGGUUUUUGAACACAUUCUCUGAACCAGCUGCCUGGUUCAGGGCUCGAGUUGCUUAUGCACACACGACUGCUGUUUGGUCGAUGGUUGGGCACAUUGUGGGCCUUGGAGAUCGACAUGGUGAAAAUAUUCUUUUUGAGUCUACCACAGGUGACUGUGUUCACGUUGAUUUCAGUUGCUUAUUUGACAAAGGUUUGCAGUUGGAGAAACCUGAGCUGGUGCCUUUCAGGCUAACCCAGAACAUGAUUGAUGGAUUGGGUAUUACUGGAUAUGAGGGUGUUUUCCUGAGGGUUUGUGAGAUCACACUUUCAGUACUCAGGGCCCACAGGGAGACUCUAAUGAGUGUUCUUGAAACUUUCAUCCAUGAUCCUCUUGUGGAAUGGACUAAAUCUCACAAGUCCAGUGGGGUUGAAGUUCAGAACCCCCAUGCCCAGCGAGCUAUCUGUAAUAUUGAAGCACGGCUGCAAGGAGUUGUUGUUGGUGUUGGAGCAGCACCAUCUUUGCCUCUUGCUGUAGAAGGACAGGCACGCCGCUUGAUUGCAGAAGCAGUUUCACACAAAAACCUUGGAAAGAUGUAUAUAUGGUGGAUGCCUUGGUUUUAGGACCUGCAAGCUAAAGCGUUUUCAUUGUUAUGCAUCAAUGCUAGUGGAAGGGAUCAGGUCCGUUAAUACUGCCUCAUGUAGAACAGCCACAAGAUCACACAGAGAAAGUGACACUAAGCUUAUCAACAGUUUCUACUUUCUAUCUUUUUUCUGAACAUGGGUAUGCAGCUGAAUUCUGUCAUUGGUGCGACACAAUUACUGUUUCUCUUUGCAAGACACCACUUGCCAGUGGCAGUUUAAUUUCAUUACAAGAGUACUACUUGGGCAUCUUUUUUGCAAGAGUUGUGUGAAGGCCAAUGAGGACAGGAAUGGUCGAAGGCUCACAGGAGAUGCAGACUAGAAAGAGCUGAAACUUGAGUAUUAUGCUUCAGCAAGUCCGCAGCACCACAAGAAGUAACGUCAUAGAGAGAGUUUACUUAUACAGAGGUUUGGUUCCAUUUUUUGCGAAUAGUGAUAAGUUGACAUUUGAAUUCUACGUGAUACUGCAGAUAUGUACUCCAUGCCCAAAACUUGAUUUUAAUUCAUCAGCAAAUAAUACGGAGAACAUUUGAAAUUUCUCAAGAGCUAUCACUUUUGAUAUGAUCAACCUAACCAGUCUUUCAACACUCUCCCUUUGGCAACAAAACAUCCCACAUUGUUCCGGUCAAUUCUCAUUGGACAUUUCAUCCGAACCAUCAUCUGUUUAACCAGACCUUUC